AUGUAUUCAAAUAAUUUAUUUCUUAUUGAUCAAACGGUACUAUACGUAGGACAUGAUCUGUUUUCAAGCAAUGAAGUUAGUCAAGCUCAAUUAAUUGAUGUUCAAAAACAAUUUAAACCAUGGUAUAAUAAUAUAUUUCGUCAUAAUAUGCAAUGUCAUCAAUAUCUGAAAUAUGAUGAAAUUGGCAGUUCAUUAUGUACAUGUGCUCAUCGACCAUAUAAAUUGUCGUCAUAUCAAUGGUCAAUAACAAAAACAAUUGCUUACACAUUUGAUGAACGUUAUGAUUAUUAUACACAUGACAUUGAGAAAUGUUUAGCUGUCACUAAACUUGGAUAUGUCAUUAACGAGAAAUGGACGAGUCAAAAAUUAAAAACUUAUAAAUAA